CCCGCCAUUUUAAGGUUCUGCUGAUACAGCUGCCAAAUAUUAUAUUCAGUAUAUUUCACAAAUCAGUGCUAUUUAUUUUUAUAGAAAAUUGUUUUCUUUUUUAAGUAAAUAAUGAGUGUUGAAGCCUGGAUUCCGCCAUGGUACUUUACUCUUUUGGGGUGCUUUCUGUUUCUCACAUCAGUGCCAUGUACUUCAAGUAUGGAAGUCACUGUGUUGCCCAAAGUUAGUGUCUUGAAUGGAACAACUGCUCGUCUAAGCUGCACCUUUACUUCGUGUUAUAAGCCAGACAACAAUCUGCUUAACAUGAACUGGACAUAUCGGGGGUGCAUUAACUGCUCAGAAGAAAUGUUUCUUCAGUUCAAACGCAAAAUCAUCAAUCUGAAACUAGAACAGUUCAAGGACAGAGUGACCUUUGUAGGAAACCCAAGCAAGAAUGACUUCACGGUCAACAUCAAUGACAUCCAGCUGACAGAUGAGGGCAAUUAUACCUGUUAUGUCCUAAAUCCUCCAGACAGAAACAAAGGUUCUGCAACAAUACAGUUAACUGUUGUUACUGAAGUACCUCCAAAAAGAAGCAACACAGUGGCAGUGGUUGUUGGGGCAUCGGUUGGGGGAUUCUUAGCUGUUGUAAUUCUUAUACUAGUGGUGGUGAAGUGUGUGAGAAGAAAAAAAAAACAGGAGUUGAACUCUGAAGACCAAAAAACUGAAGAGGAAGGAAAAACAGAUGGGGAAGGAAAUCCUGAGGAAGGAACCAAGCAGUAAUAAUCUGGAUCCGGAAAAUGAGCCACAAUAGAAGAUUUGUUGGUGCAGCAGAAUGAAACGGCAGCAAGCUUUUGUGAUGACAAUUCAGAAGACAUAAAAUCCCCACAUACCUUUUUUGUGCUGGUCCAUAUGUUUUUGAGUUAUACAAUUUUAAGACUUCCAGCUUUCUAUAUGGCAUAACCUUUGGUCCUGAGAUUUUGGUCUCAGCUUGCCAGGACAACUGUAGAAUUUUUAUUCAUUUGUAAAUUAUUGGUCACAAACAGACUCUCAACUUUAAAGAGAGAUAUGCAUGAUAUACCUUUACUCUCUGUUUCUUAGGGAGCAGGCUUUAUAAGAUAUCUCCCAGCAUGCUUUAGGGGAUCUUCUGGCAGUUUUGUAAACUGUGCCAAUGCAUGUGGUCUUAAAGAAGUCAUUUAGAAAAGGA